UUCUCUCUUCCGGUGGUGGCAGGGGCAUUAUUAGUGGUCCUUCCUUACAGUAUCUCUCUAGUUGCCCAAUGGCUCUAUGGCUGGCCCAAUAAACCAGGGUACCAAAAAUAUAUAGAGGCUCUCAAACCAAGGCGCAUAUACUGCCUUGCAAGAGCCGUGCUAGAGAUGCUGAAAUAUCUGCAGUAUGGCAAACUGUACUUUCAGUGGAAACUGUGGUACAGUAAUGACAAAAAUAACAAGCACUAUGUGAAAGGCAUAACCUUUGGUUGAUGAGGGAACAAACUAGAUUUAUAUUAUUCACCAAGCAUGGGCCAUUCUGAUACUGCUCCUGUACCGGUGGUUGUGUUUGUGUAUGGAGGUGCCUGGGGAUCAGGAGACCGCUCCAUUUACUGUCUGUUAGCCUUACAAAUAGCAAAAGAGCUUAAUGCCUCUGUACUUUGUCCAGAUUAUUCCAUAUAUCCAAAGGGAAAUGUUUUAAAUAUGGUUCAAGACAUCAGUGACAGUUUGCUGUGGGUGAGAGAAAAGGGACAAACAUUCAGUCUUGAUCAAGACAACAUAAUAUUAAUAGGUCAUUCAGCAGGGGCUCAUCUGUGUGCCCUUUCCACACUGUUUCUGGUGAACAAUGCAGAAGAGCUGUUCAUUGAGACCAACAUACAGAGAGAUCUUGUAUCUGCCAUUAAAGGAAUCAUAGAGUUCCUCCAGUGGCUUUGCUCCAUGGAACCAAUGACAUCAUAGUUCCGGUGGAAUCAUCAGUGAAGUUCUCUGAGCUCCUCACAGCCCUUUCUAUCAGGAUGUCUCUCGAUCUAAUACCUAAAAUGAACCACACAGAGAUGGUCACUGACCUUAUGGCUCCAGACAGGCACUUUUACCAUACAGUUUAUGGCUGUAUUAAACAGGAGUACAGUAAAUUUCAAGGUUAUGCUGAUUAAUAAUUUUCAUUCAAUUAAUUACUAAUAUCAUUUUCCAUUAUGCCAGUCACUCAUUAUGUUAUUUAUGUAUUUACUGUAAGU